AUGGAACAAACCUACUCUCCACCAACGCGAACUCUCCAUACCAUCCAACCCGCACACACCAAUGAACAAAUUUACCUCUGGUCGGAAUCCUCGCCCUGGCGACCCCUCGAACUCUUCCUUGUAAAUCACCAAAUCCGCUCCGAGACCCAAAAACUCAUAUCCCAACUCUACAAGACAAAUUCCAUGUCCGCAACCCUCGACAUCUUCGCCAAAGGAGCAACCUACACGCCCCGAUUCACCUACCUAAACCUGGGUCUCCGGCCGCAAUCUCAACUCAACUUAAAUGUAAACCUCACGAUCCUCUCGACAGAACAUUUCCGCGCACAUGGCGGCGUGACGGGUUUUGCAUUCAAAACCCUCUUGAACUUUCUCAGUCGUUUCAUCUUUCAAGGUCCCACAUUCCUAGACCACAAUCCUAAAUUUCGCACUACAGGGCCGUUCUUCAUCAAAACCUUGAAUCUGCAGGUAGCCUUCCAGGACGAUUAUACGCCUGCAACAUGGCCGAGGACUGUGCAUGAGAUUUUCCGGAUGGUAAAGGGGCUUUCGAUGCUAGAUACCGCGCAUUUGUAUCUUGGAAAAGUCCGCGUCAGUGCGGAUUAUGGAGUGGAUGGAGAGUGUGUUCACCGGGAGCAGGCAUGGGCGGUGCAGCCAGUUGAGUCUGCAACAUUGAAGGAGGAAGAUUGGGCGGCUGUUGAUUUCCAUUUUGGGAAGGCGUGGGUGAAGAAGUAUGCUUCUUGA